AUGGCUCUGUUCUUGUAUCUGAAAUAUGGGCGCGGAAAACCUUCGACUUUUCUGGGACUUUUGUCUCUUAAAGAAGUCACUCCACAGAGGUCCUCUGCAGGCGAGCACACGGACAGCGCUCAGAAGGGCUCCAGAAGGCGGCGGAGACUGGUCCAGGCUUCCUCCACGUGUCAGCCUGGCUCAGAGGGGGGUCUGGGGGCCUCAGAGCCAGACGUGGUGGUCGUUGGAGGAGGGGUUCUGGGCUCUGCGAUGGCUGCAGUGUUGGCCCAGGACGGCAGGAGGGUGACGCUGGUGGAGAGGGACCUGACGGAGCCAGACCGCAUUGUGGGAGAGCUGCUGCAGCCCGGGGGAUACAGGGCUCUCAAAGCUCUGGGGCUGGAGGCUUCAGUGGAGGGUCUGGACGCUCAUGUGGUCAAUGGUUACGUCAUCCACGACCGGGACAGUGGGGCGGAGGUGGAGAUCCCGUACCCCGAAGUGGACGGGGAUUUGCAGUGUGGCAGGGCCUUCCAUCAUGGCCGCUUCAUCAUGGGCUUGAGGAGAGCCGCCAUGGCCCAGUCCAAUGUCACUUUCAUUGAAGGCACAGUAACCAGUUUAGAGGAAGAUGACGACGGCUGUGUCACUGGAGUCCAAUACAGAGAUAAAGAAACUGGAGCUAAUAAGGUUAUCCAUGCUGCUCUGACAGUGGUGGCAGAUGGAUGCUUCUCCAAGUUUAGAAAAAGCCUUGUUUCUGGGAAAGCACAAGUCUCUUCUCAUUUUGUUGGCUGUAUUAUGAAGGACUGUCCGCAGUUCAGAGCGCACCAUGCAGAACUGGUCCUUGCAAAUCCAAGUCCAGUCCUCAUCUAUCAGAUCUCGUCCAGUGAGACCCGAGUCCUGGUGGACAUCAGGGGAUAUUAUGGGUAG